AUGGCGGCCGCCGCAGCUGCGGCUGGUGUAGCGUGGGUCACGUGGGGAGAUCCAUCGUCAGUGUCGGCCAUUGAACCAAGUCACGUGGCCGGCGCACACACGGGCAAGGUCUACCUGGUCGGCGCAGGUCCCGGGGCUGCCGACUUGCUAACACUACGGGCUGCACGACUCUUGGCUACUGCUGAUGUGGUGGUCAGCGAUGCUUUGAUCGGGCCGGAGAUCUUGGCUGGAGUGCGUGAGGACUGUCUUGUCAUCACCAUGGGCAAGCGUGGGGGUGAUGCACGGGCCACCAAGCAGACCGACAUCAACACCGCGCUUGUAGAGCAGGCGCAGCAGGGUCGCACGGUUGUGCGUCUUAAAGGCGGAGAUCCGUUGCUCUUUGGCCGCGUCGCGGAAGAGAUGCGAGCCCUUGACGCUGCCGGGGUGGCAUACGAGAUUGUGCCGGGCAUCACGUCGCCAUUUGCAGCGGCCGCGGAGGUUGGCAUUCCGCUCACACACAAGACUUUGAGUACCACGUUGGUUCUGACGACGGGCCAUGAUCCAUCGCUACUGGACUUUACCGCGCUAGCACGCAUGGACACGGUGGCCAUUGUGAUGGCGACGCGCACCCUUGAGGCCAUUGUUGACGGUCUGGUCGAGGGUGGCAAGGCCCCCAGUACUCCCGUCUGCAUCGUUCGGAACACCACCUUGCCCAACGGCGCAAUCUAUACCGGUACCCUUGACCGGGUGGUGGCCGACACGGAGCGACUCAAACUUUCGCCGGCCGUCCUUAUUGUGGGUGAGGUGGCGGCCCUGGCCCAGGGCGGGGGGUGCACGCCUGACCGCUUAAGCGCCGAACUUUGAUGUGGUAGCACGGACCGUCUUGCUGGCACUUGCCCAGGAGCAGGAGAAUAUUAUGAUGAUCUGUGGGCAAUCCUCAUCUAAUAUUAUAUUCUGUGGGCAAUCCUCAUCUGGCACAGGGAUGGCCAUAAAUGCCCAUCAUCAAUUUGACAGGAAUUUAACACAAACUGC